GUUUAUUUGAACGGCUCACGGCGCAUGGCGGGUGUCAGUGAGUAAGUGUACACCAUCGCCAUGGCCUUCUUGUCGCAGUCAGAAGGGGAGGACGACCAGUACGUAUUUACCUGCAGCCUCGACAACGUACGCAAUUUGUCCAACAUCCUGAAGGCCAUUCAGUUCAAAGACCACGCGGCUUGUUUCGCCACCAGCAACGGCAUUAAAGUUACUGUCGAAAAUGCCAAAUGUCUCCAGGCCAACGCCUUCAUUCAGGCCGGGAUAUUUCAAGAAUUCAACAUUCAGGAGGAAUCUGUGAUGUUCCGAAUUAAUCUCACCGUCCUUCUGGAUUGUUUAACCAUAUUUGGUUCAAGUGCGUUGCCAGCCACUCCCACAGCUCUGAAGAUGUGUUACCGCGGCUAUGGGCACCCUCUGAUUCUGUUCCUGGAAGAAGGUGGGGUGAUGACGGUGUGCAAAAUUCACACUCAGGAACCCGAGGAGACAUUGGACUUUGACUUCUGUAGCACCAACGUGGUGAAUAAAAUAAUUCUGCAAUCCGAGGGGCUGAAACAGGCGUUCUCGGAGCUGGACAUGACCAGUGACUUCCUGCAAAUCACAUUGUCACCUUCUAAGCCGUACUUCAGGUUGUCAACAUUCGGCAAUGCAGGAAGUGCUCACCUGGACUACCCUAAAGAUUCGGAUCUGAUAGAAGCCUUCCACUGCACAGAGACUCAGACAAACAGAUAUAAAAUCUCUUUACUGAAGCCGUCCACCAAAGCUCUGGCCCUGUCAUGUAAAGUGUCUAUCCGGACCGAUAACCGAGGCUUCCUGUCCCUGCAGUACAUGGUGAGGAACGAGGAUGGUCAGAUCUGCUUUGUGGAGUAUUACUGCUGCCCAGAUGAGGAAGUGCAGGAUGCAGAAUCCUAGAGACUUACCGGACCCAUUUCCCCAAAGGAAACCACCCAACACGGAAUCCUUAGUGCUGGGUCUGAUCUGUGUUACUAAAC